AGGCGGAGGCGGGCGCGGUGGUGGUGGCGGCGGCCGGCACGGCGGCGGAGGCGAGGUUGUGCCCCGGACUGUGUCCACCAAGCUCAGCGGCUGUUGCCUGUGCGUGGAGAAGCAGCGGCGCCGCGAGGCAGAGGAGGAUCGCGGGCGAGCGCGGCGGCGGGACGUCCACGGCGGCCGCGGCCCCGGCGGCGGCCGGGGACAAUCGGCGUGGGGAAGCAGCGGCGGCCGCAGUGGCAGCCGCCUCUCCACCACCGGGACGCCGAGGCGCGGCUGGCGGCGCUGACAUCCACGGCCCUGCCUCUCCUCCCUCGCCCCCGGCCCUCCCCAUGUGAUCGGUCUUAAUCCCGACCGUGUGCGCGCGUGGGGGCUCCAUUGCGCGGCGCCCGGUGUCGGUGCCGGGGUGGGUGCUCGCGUGCGCUUCUCCUCCCCAUCCCCCGCCCCGUCCCCAAGAAUAAAAGAAGAACCGGGAGGCGUGCUCAGAAAAUAAAUAAAUAACCAGCACACACGCGCAGCCCGGAGCGAGGCGGCGGGGCUGGCGGCGGCGGAGGAGGAGUGAAGGCGGCGGCGGCGGAGGAGGGACGCGCGGAGCCGGCAGUAACUUUCGAGCCAGCCCAGAGCCCGGAGCUCCAGCCGAGCGGUUUGCAGCGCGGCGGCGGCGGCGCUGAGUGUCUGGCCCGCCGGUGCGGUCGGGGUGUGCAGUCGGACGGGACGAGCAGCGCGUCGCUGUCCCCCCCUCCCGGCGGCUGGAGAUGUCCGAGCCCAAGGCGAUUGAUCCCAAGUUGUCGACGACCGACAGGGUGGUGAAAGCUGUUCCUUUUCCGCCAAGUCACCGGCUGACAGCCAAGGAAGUGUUUGAUAAUGAUGGGAAGCCUCGUGUGGAUAUCUUAAAAGCACAUCUCAUGAAGGAGGGCAGGCUGGAAGAAAGUGUCGCCUUGAGAAUAAUAACAGAGGGUGCUUCGAUUCUUCGACAGGAAAAAAACUUGCUGGAUAUCGAUGCCCCAGUCACAGUUUGUGGGGACAUCCAUGGACAAUUCUUUGACUUGAUGAAGCUCUUUGAAGUGGGGGGAUCUCCUGCCAACACUCGCUACCUCUUCUUAGGGGACUAUGUUGACAGAGGGUACUUCAGUAUCGAAUGUGUGCUGUAUUUGUGGGCCUUGAAAAUUCUUUACCCCAAAACACUGUUUUUACUUCGUGGAAAUCAUGAAUGUAGACAUCUAACAGAGUAUUUCACAUUUAAACAAGAAUGUAAAAUAAAGUAUUCCGAACGAGUUUAUGAUGCCUGUAUGGAUGCCUUCGACUGCCUUCCCCUGGCCGCACUGAUGAACCAGCAGUUCCUGUGUGUACAUGGCGGUUUGUCUCCAGAGAUUAACACUCUAGAUGACAUCAGAAAAUUAGACCGAUUCAAAGAACCACCUGCUUACGGGCCCAUGUGUGACAUCCUGUGGUCAGACCCCCUGGAGGACUUUGGAAAUGAGAAGACUCAGGAACAUUUCACUCACAACACAGUCAGGGGGUGUUCGUACUUCUACAGUUAUCCAGCUGUAUGUGACUUCCUGCAACACAAUAACUUGUUGUCCAUACUCCGAGCCCACGAAGCCCAGGAUGCAGGGUACCGCAUGUACAGGAAAAGCCAAACAACAGGCUUCCCUUCUCUAAUUACAAUUUUCUCAGCACCAAAUUACUUAGAUGUGUACAAUAACAAAGCUGCAGUGUUGAAGUAUGAGAACAAUGUGAUGAACAUCAGGCAGUUCAACUGCUCUCCCCAUCCAUACUGGCUUCCAAAUUUCAUGGAUGUUUUCACCUGGUCACUGCCAUUUGUUGGGGAGAAAGUGACUGAGAUGCUGGUAAAUGUCCUCAACAUCUGCUCAGAUGAUGAGCUGGGGUCAGAGGAAGAUGGAUUUGACGGAGCCACAGCCGCAGCCAGGAAGGAGGUCAUCAGGAACAAGAUCCGAGCAAUAGGCAAAAUGGCCAGAGUGUUCUCAGUUCUCAGAGAAGAGAGUGAGAGCGUUCUGACCCUGAAGGGCCUGACCCCGACUGGCAUGCUCCCCAGCGGAGUGCUUUCCGGAGGCAAACAAACCCUUCAAAGCGCUACUGUUGAGGCUAUUGAGGCUGAUGAAGCUAUCAAAGGAUUCUCACCACAACAUAAGAUCACUAGCUUCGAGGAGGCGAAGGGCUUGGACCGAAUUAAUGAGAGGAUGCCACCCCGCAGAGAUGCCAUGCCCUCCGACGCCAACCUCAACUCCAUCAACAAGGCUCUCGCCUCAGAGACUAACGGCACGGACAGCAACGGCAGUAAUAGCAGCAAUAUUCAGUGACCACCUCCUGUUCACUUUUUUUUUUUUUUUUUUUUU